GAACCGUCAUUCGCUUCACUGUGUGUGCAGUUUCGGUGGCAUAAGUUUGUGAUUUCGUUCAAAUCAGUAGAAAAAAACCCAUUUCAACUAGUGAUAAGAGCGCUUCAAACGGCUCGGAUAUUGCGGAAGAUUACCCGGUUGGUUAAAAAUGUUACAUCGCAGCGGUGCCAAGUGUUAAACCUAGCCAAUGAAAUUCUCGACUGCAGCAAAUUCGGCCCAUCCAAGGUGGCGACGAUUCGGUAACUUUUUUUGAGCUGCUUUCUCACCAACACCAGUGUGAUUGUGAGGGUGAGAGAAAAAAAAGAAGUACCUCUAUGUUUUGAACGGCACCUCUGCGCUGCUGCUGGUGUGGCCCUCAGGCAGCCGCCUGCUUGCACCUAGCAGCCACAUACACAUCCAGUCAUUCAAUGCAACAUCGCUGCUACUGCUGCUGCUGUUGCUGUUGCUGCUGCUCUUAUUAUUUGCAAAUACUCGGUCGGCUGCUGUUGCUGAACACUUUGAAAUAAACGCGAGUGAGCGGGAAGGGGAUACAGUGAAAAAAAAUAGAAACCCAUCGCAGUCAGCACUGACUGUGGCCAUUGCCGUCAUUCGAGAUAAUCACUUCAGACGUAGGCAACCCAGCAAAUUCCAGUGAUUUAUUAGUUGGUGAAAGCCGUCGAAAGAAAAAAAAAGUUGUUAUCGGAGUGACUGUCCCUGUUUACCCGAUGGCUUCCUCCGGUGGUGUGGAUAUCCAGAUAGUGUCAAUGCCGAACCUACAGAAAAUUGAGAGUUAUAUGCGGGAUUCGACCUACCGGGAAACACUGGAAGUCAGUGCAUCGUUCAACACUCGCCUAUGUCUGGAAAGGCGAAUGCGAUUACCGUUUUUCGAUUCCCAAACCGGGAUAGCACAAAAACACAGCAAUUUAUACAUGGCUCACUGUAGGCGUAUGCCCGGACAUCGGGAAGGUCAACUCUACACGUACCCGUCAACACGGUGGCGAAAAUCAAAACGGCAAUACUUGGCUAAAUUACAGAACCUACGACCGUUCAGUAGUCUGCGAACCAGUGGAACAUCCAACCUGCUCGUGGGAUCUUCCAUACCACCAAUGAUUCGAGAACCGGGCGAAUUGUUAGCAUCAGCGGAAUCCGAUUUCAAUGCCUCCCUCUUGGAAGAAAGUUCGCUGGGUGCGACGGUUGAUACGGAUAGUAAAGAUAGUCACCAGAACCAGCCAACGGCGAAAGAAGAACCACUACCGAAGGAUUGGUAUUACGACGAGAUGGCCCUGAAUGACGACGAUCUGGAUGAUCCGGAAGGAGGAGACUCGGAUUACGAUUACAACGUGAACGGCUACAAACGGAAGGGCAAACGCAGCAAACGGAGUGCACACGGUGGUAAGAAAAGUCGCUCGAGUCAAGGACAGGUAGCGGAUUACGAAGGUGCCGCGUCGCCGGGUGGAUCCUCGAGAAAGGGACGACCUCCGGGUGGUGGUACGAGUGGAACCAAACGGGGUCGAAAGAAAACAUCUAAGGAAACCGUUUCCCCCCUGGAGAAGCAACUGGAGGACAGUUUCAAUAGUAGCCUGGGAGAACCACCGUCCUUCGAGACGGCCGCCGCUGCCGUCGAUAUGGGCGAAAACGGUGAAAAUGGUGCCGGGUACGGCGGGAGUACAGAUCUUCGUAACUACCGGAAGUACCUGUAAUGCGAGUUGUUACUUCAGAGAGUACCUUUGAGGCUCUGAUCUGACCAGACGCAGAGUAGCGGUUGUUUUCUUUUUUUAAUUACAAAUAUCUUCUGCACCGUCUCCGAGCUCCCUUCCCGCCCGAAUUGGUGGACGGGUCAAUGUUUGCAAUGAACAAACAACAGAUAACAACAUCAAAAUGAUAUCAAUUCACGAACACGAAAUUAGUUGCAAGUCCUAUGAUUUAAUCUAAGCUAAUAUUGGAUAUUAUAUUCUGGUCAUCACAUUUAUUCUUUACGUGCAUUAUGUUCUAUGGCUUUCGAGGGUUUUAGGCACCAAAAAAAAACGAAAAACCAAAAUGUUUUGGAUUGUUUCUGUCGUUAAAAUUGAGCAUGGUUAUUCUAUUAACGUCACAAAAUUGUACAUAGUCGCUGGGGACUGUCAGCGUAAAGCAGUGAAAUGUGUCUGUCAAAUUGUUAGUUUCCAAUUAUACACGAAUCCGCGCGGAAAAAAAGCGCAAUAGAUCACACUAACUUCCUUCACUCCCGUAGGUUCACAAGGUCUAGAUUUCACAUGCUUUUUUUUUGUUUUCUGUAGUAACAUAAAAGUAGGGAACAAAACGAAAAAAGUUUCGUUUCUUUACUAUCGUUAUUUAAUUCUCUCAGAAAUAGGUGAAUGAAACAGUCAACAAUGAAAAUAAAUAUAUUUCUGUUUGAUAAUUUUCAACAGCAUAGUAGUCAAAACAAAAUACACACACAGCCCGUAACAUUCAUUUGUUGCAACAGAAAUCCGUAAUUGAUUUUGAAUCCACGGUACUAAAAAAACGAUAGCAAAAUCGUGAAUGGUUAAACAAUGCCGGCCACCGGCCGCAUAUCAAUGGUAGUAGAGUAAAGAAGAAGAAAAAAUGCGCGUAGCUGAUUGAAAUUGGCAUAAUUUCUUUAUGUAAAUGUACAUUGAUUCUUACACAAUAUAUUUACUUGUAUUCAAUUAUCGUAUUGAUGAUCAAAUAACAGAAGAAAUGUCCAUUGACCGCAAUGGAGUCAAAAUGAAAUAUUUUCCAAUUGUAAAUGUAAAAUUCAAGCAGAUUGAGCAAGAAAAUGAACGAAACCGCAUGUACAUGAAUAGAUAUUUAAACCUGGUAAUAAUAAAAAAUGAGGAAAUAUUUUCCAUA